CGAGACAACACCAUCCAACAGCGAGCAACACUAAAAAAGAGGGAGAGAAAACCGACAACAUUGGUGAAUCACCGAUUGUCGUCCUUCUCCCACAAGUAUUGCAGAUGGCAGUGUCGCGUAAUUCCCCCCACAAUGCGCUAGAAUGAGAGCGUGAAGUGAAGACUCCCAUUUUAUUCCAAUUCCCCACGUAAAACACUUUACACUCCAGCACUAAACAACUAAAAAAAUUCCCAAUGGGGACUCGUCCAAUGAGUAAUUACCACUUCAAAGUGCAGUUCCAAUGAAUGAGGGGAGAAGAUAAAAACCUUGUGCUCAAUUGUUGCUGGAGUACUGAUAAAAUCAGUUUUUUGGAUUUUGAGGGGGAAUCCGGACACACGAUCCCCACUCGAUUAGUCAGGUAUUACUCUAGCCAUCUUAUCUGACUCAACUCCUGACGUUUCGUCAUCCAUUAUAACCUACAAGAGGCGUACUGAGUUGACAAUAAACCCAGAUAUGAGUACGUGAGCAUCUUCACGAUUUGGUAAUAACGAAAACAACAAGUGGAGGAAAAAUGCCAGAGCCUGAAGCCAGUGCUCCAACACCAGGUCCUUCUGAAUCACCUGCAGCACCACAAUCUCCAGAGGAAACCAGUCCACCACCUGGUGUCCUCAUGAGCCAUACGUCACGCACAGUACAAGCUCUGCCAGAAGUCAAUCGUACGACUGCCUCCAGAAUCUUCCCCAACGGUGUGCCAACUAAUUUAAAUGAGAUCAGGCCAAUUAUAUCGCAAGCCUACUCUUUUUUCUUCCAGAAUUCAAUGUCCCUGACAUCCUGGCUGAACGCAAGAUUCCCAGGGCAGAAUCCCCAAGUGAUUCAAACGCCGCAGGCAAUAACAAGUCCCUCCACAGAUUCAUUCGUGAUAAAUUUGGACGAUGAAUCGUCCACUCCACUUCCUCAACCCCAGAAUCCCCCACGUCCCCAUCCUGAGCACCAAAUUCACAUUCAGAGGUCAACAACAGCCGACAAUUUCUUCAACAAUAUUCGAGAGGCUUCCGCAAAUGCAGUAAACAAUAACAAUAGUAUUAUUAGUAAUAGUAAUGGAAAUAAUCAGGAGAGUAGUAAUGAGAGUGGAGAGCAGUCGGUGGAUUCGUUACCACUGAGGCCAGAGGCCCAGGAAUUAUUCAAAACUAUUCAGAAUCAUCUGCCCUUUGCUGCACUAUUGCUGACAAAAGCCAUCUACGAUCAUCGAUCUGGAACCCUGUGCCUCGGGCUGCUCCUCGUGGCUUUCAUCAAGGCGAAUAAUGAUCUCAAGAGGGAAAUUGCAAAGCAAGCCAGUGGAAGUGGCAAAUGCCUGUUUCAUAUUCUGUGUUAUAUAUUUGGUGCCUUAGCCAUGACUUCACUUGUCCUCAAUGAUUAUCCGUUCUUCUUUUAUUCCGCGCAUACGUCAUUUUGGAUUUUGUUGUGGGGCAUCAUUAUCACGGAUUUUGUGGUCAAACUUUUCACUGUUGCUGUGAAGACACUCCUGACAUGCUUGCCUGGGAAGUUUUUGGCUUAUCAAAAGAGGGGAAAAUAUUAUCUGUUCAUUGAAGCAGUAUCCCAGUUCUACAGAUCGACCAUUCCCAUGUACUCUUGGCUGUCAGUUUUCAAAGAAGCCUAUCAGGGCCCUGAAGUGGUUUUAGGAAUUAUAAUGGCUUCGUUGUAUGGAGUUACGAAAAUUCGCGAUCUCCUGGUUAGAGGAAAAUUUCUGGUCAAUGCUUUCAUCAAAUUUUGGCAGAAUGUGAGCCUGGGAUCCUCUCCCUCUAAGGAGCAACUGGCAGCCGCUGGUGGUACCUGUGUCAUCUGCCACGAGGAAUAUUCCACCCCAGUUCAACUCCAUUGCAAACACAUAUUCUGUGAGGCCUGUGUGUCAAUAUGGCUUGACAGGGAGAGAACGUGCCCCCUCUGCCGUUCACCAAUAACCGACGAUCCCAUCUACAGGGAUGGACACACGACGCAUUUCAUUCAGUUUUAUUAAAAAACACACACUCCCUCCCCUAUUUUUUACAAAAUGAAAAUGAUGGAAUUAUGGUGAUAAUACUUCCAUGUGGACGUUGUCAUGUUUGAAAUAAUGUCAUAUUGAUAAUUUGAAAUAAUAAUGGUAAAACGUGAGAAAAG